AUGAGGAAAAAGUUGAAAACUCAUGACAAGUUGAAACCGUGGGAUGUGGGUGGGGCUGUUAAUCUUAACCUUGUUUGUUGCUCUUUGUGUAAAACAGGCCCAGACUCUCAUGCUCACUUGUUUUUUGAAUGUCCAUAUUCGGCAAAAGUAUGGACUUUGAUUAAAGAUGUGACGUACAUGGAGAGCUCUUCAUGCAAAUGGGAUGAUAUAGUUGUUGAUUUCUUAUGUUCUCGCAAGAAUAACUCCGCCAAAAGUGUUAUUGCUCAUCUUGUGAUCGCGGCUUCCGUCUAUUAUGUAUGGCAGGAGAGAAACAACCGUAUGUUCAGCAACUAUGCAAGACCGCCUGAAAAAAUUAGAGAUAUUAUUCUGGAGACUGUUCAUUAUAGACUUGUCAAGAUGCAGUUCAAGAAUAAUGCAAGAACUUCGAACUUGCUGGCUGCUUGGAAGCUACCAAAGGCUCUGAUCAUGGAUGAUGCGUGUAACUAG